AUGUCCGCCGCCGCGGAGGCUGCCGACGCCGUCGCCGCUGCCGCCACCGCGAACCAAGACAGAGAUAGGGGUUUCCCGCCCACCGGGGGUAGCGGCGGUGGAGAGAGAGCAGGGGUAGCGGCGGCGGUAGAAGGGAGCGGCAGCAGACCAGGGGAGGAGGACGGUGACGUCGAGAUGCCAGACGUGAAGGAUUUAACCGGGCCGGCACCUAGAAGCCGCCCAGGAGAACCACCGGCAGUGGACACGGCGCCCGUCGCCGCGAACGGCGGCGAGGCAGGGGCAGGAGAGGAUGGUCGUGUCGCUGCUGCUGGUGCCCCGGGUUCACGAGCGGCUGGGGGCUGUGCCAGUGGUAGCAGCAGCGCCGGUGGGCUUGAGCUGGCGACCGCCGCGCGGGCGGCGGUGCUCUCGGUGGCCGGGCUGCAGGCCCGCGGCUUGGCGGAGCAGGAGGAACGGCGAACAGAAGCGCUCCUCGCGGACCUCCUCGAAGCCAGAGUUCAACGGUUGGAGGCGAAGCUGCACUGCUUUGAUGAGCUCGACCAGGUGCUGGAGACGGAGCGUGCGUGCCUGGAACACGACCGGGCUGAGCUCGUUUUCGAGCAGGCUAGGUCUAUGCUGCCCAAGUAAAACUGCCGCGGUGCCGGCCUGGGAGCUUUGAAGACUUUUUGCCCCACGGCUAGUCCAAACAAUUUUUUGCUAUUACAAAAGGUGUUAUUUUUCUCGUCGUGCAAGGCGCGUGCGGCUAGAAUGCAGCUGCGCAAAACAGCGCGUGCGUUGUGGGGCGCGACAAAAGAACGCGUGUGAUAGGCAUGCAAUGCUUCAUGCUGGUUGAUGAGGGAGGUGUUUAGUUUUUCCGGUCCCUUCCUCUUUAAGUGGGAUUGAUGUUGGUUUGGUCGAUUGGAAAAUUCUGGUUUACGUAGUGACUCGAUUUGACCUCCUCUUUUUUUUUUCCUUGACGGGGCCCGUUUUCUUCUUGUUUACGUCAACAACUACUGUUUGUGGCCAUCUCGGAGGAGCAGUAAAAUGUCGCCGACAGGCAGCACGCAUGUGACUUGAGUUGCGUUCCGCGCUUGGGUCUGAAAGCUUGAGCCAGGGCGAUGCGCGGCGUGAAAAACAGAGCUUGCCUCCUGCCACUCUCGUCCUUGUCGCUGUGCUUGCAUCCCUCGACAUGCUCGACAUGGAAGGUUCGUUUUGUUUGUCGAAUCCCCCAACCUUUCGUCGGUGAUUGUAUGUAUGUUGUUGUUUUGUUUUGUUUUGUUUUUCUGGGUUCCGGUUGCAACACAGACGUGCGGGGGGGCAGCGGUUGUUGUAGUUGACCCCACGUGUGUCCAGAAAUAUCUGUGUUUUGUAAUCGUGACGAUGUCCUCCCUGCAACCAGUCUUUUUGAUUUGGUGCGUUCGUCGGUGUCAAUGCGUCCUCCUGCCUUUGUUACUUGCGACCGGCACGGCUCGUGAUGGCUUAUAAACAGGUUGUUGUUUUGGGUCGCCUUUCCCUUGUAUUCGUGCGUGUUUGAGCGGUUGACGGGGCGACCGCCCGUAUGUGGGGGGAAAAGGGGCGUGGUUCUUGUUUAGGGCCCCUGUUGUUGGUUGCCGCUGCGCGUGGGUGAAUUGUAAUGCUAACAGUGGCGUCCUGCACGCCCCUUUUAU